CGGCCUGCCGUGGAGGUGGCCCCGGCGCUCCCCACACAGUCACACUCCGCGCACUCACACACUUGGAAGCGCCUCCCCACGUCCCUCCCCUGCCCUCCUCUGGCUCUGCUCUUCUCUCUCUCACCGCAAAUAGUCGCCGACCGACUGCCAAUCCGUCUCUCUCUCUCCCUCUCUCUCUCUCAACAACAUGACUGACUGGGAAGCGGUGGCUCAGGCAGAGCAGCUCUGCUGGCGCAGGCAGGAGAAGGAGGAUUAUUAAAAAAACACAGCUCGACUCUGCAACUGGAGUGGAGAGAAGGAGCCCAACAGCCGAGAGGGGAGGGAGGGCAGAGGAGGGGGACCAGGAAAGACACCCCCGUGCCCCGAAGACACACAUUCCUGAGUGCCCAGGAGGAGCCUUAACAAGCGGCGCGGAGCCCUUCAAGGCUGCUAAGUUGGCUGUCACAGCUCAAGCCUUGGAGUCCCAAUGGGGGACUCAGGAUCAAGACGAUCUACCCUGGUCUCCCGGUUGCCAAUAUUCAGAAGAAGUAUUAGCAGAAGACAUGAUUCUCUUCCUUCUUCACCCUCCUCCAGUAAUACAGUUGGUGUCCACAGUUCCUCUCCUUCCAGCACUAAUUCAAGCUCAGGUAGUACAGGUAAACGCAGGAGCAUAUUCCGUACUCCUUCCAUUAGUUUCCACCAUAAGAAAGGAGGUGAACCUAAGCAAGACACUACCAACCAGAACCUUAGUAUUUCAAAUGGUGCUCAAUCUGGUCAUAGCAGUAUACAAAAACUGAGUUUGGAAGAACAUAUUAAAACCAGGGGAAGACAUUCUGUUGGUUUUAGUAGUUCACGAAAUAAGAAAAUAACGAGAUCCUUGACAGAAGAUUUUGAAAAGGAAAAGGAGCACUCAACUAAUAAGAAUGUCUUUAUAAAUUGCCUAAGUUCUGGCAAAAGUGAAGGGGAUGAUUCUGGAUUCACAGAAGAACAAACUCGCCGUUCUGUUAAGCAGUCAACAAAGAAGCUACUCACUAAAUCUUUUUCAUCUCACUAUAAAUUUUCUAAGCCAGUUCCACAGAGCCAAUCCAUUUCAUUGGUACAACAGUCUGGAUUCUCAUUGGAAAUUACACAGUAUCAGGAGAGAGAACCUGUAUUAGUCAGAGCUUCUCCAUCUUGUUCUGUGGAUGUAACAGAACGGGCAGGAAGCUCUUUACAAUCACCCCUGCUUUCUGCUGAUCUUACAACAGCUCAGACACCUUCAGAGUUCUUAGCCUUGACUGAAGAUUCUGUGUCUGAAGCAGAUGCAUUUCCUAAAAGUGGAAGCAUGGCAUCCCACUGUGAGAACUUUGGCCACAAUGAUUCUACCUCUCAGAUCUCUCCCAAUCCUGCUGCUGUUACAAAGACAACAAUAGACCUUAUGGGAACUGUUCCCUGUGCAAUUAUGUCUCCUGGGAAAUACAGGUUAGAAGGCCGAUGUAGCACUGAAUCUAAUUCCUUACUAGAAACCUCUGCUGCUAAUCAGAAGGAAGUGUUAUUGCAAAUCACUGAACUACCUGUUAUGAAUGGGAACAAGUCAGAGACUCAUCUAUCAGGAGAUAUGCAAAGAGAAGAACAUAAGGUAGUACAAAAUGGUGAAACAAUGUUGGCAACAAGCUCUCCGAGGAAACUUGGAUUUUAUGAGCAACAUAAAGCAAUAAGUGAUCGUGUUAAAGGGAUUCAUCCUAUUUCAGAUUCAAGGAUAAUACCCUCUUCUGGUGAUCAUCAUAUUUUUAACAAAACAUCGUAUGGAUACGAAUCAAAUCCUGCCAAAGUUCUUGCCAGUAGCUUCAGUCCAUAUCGUGAAGGGAGAUUUAUAGAGAGGCGAUUGCGAUCCUCAUCUGAAGGAACUGCAGGGAGUAGCAGAAUGAUUUUGAAACCAAAAGAUGGAAAUGUAGAAGAAGUGAACAGUCUAAGAAAGCAAAGAGCAGGUUCAUCAUCUUCAAAAAUGAACAGCAUGGAUGUUUUGAAUAAUUUGGGAUCUUGUGAACUGGAUGAAGAUGAUCUAAUGCUUGAUCUGGAAUUUUUAGAGGAACAGAAUCUUCAUCCUUCAGUUUGCCGGGAGGAUUCAUACCACUCUGUAGUCUCAUGUGCUGCUGUGGUCCUUACUCCUAUGGAACCAACCAUAGAAAUGAAGAAAAGAGAAGAACUAAAAUUUCCUGAACCUUCCAAACAGAAUCUUUCCCUGAAAUUAACAAAAGACAUUGAUCAGGAAGUCAGGUGUUCCCAUAUGAGCCGAAUGCCCCCCAGUCCAUCUGCAGAUUGGCCCCUGCAAGGUGUGGAAGAAAAUGGAGGCUUAGACUCUCUGCCUUUCAGAUUGAUGUUACAGGACUGCACAGCUGUCAAGACAUUAUUAUUAAAGAUGAAGAGAGUUCUUCAAGAGAGUGCCGAUAUGAGCCCAGCAAGUAGCACAGCUUCACUUCCUGUUAGUCCUCUUACUGAAGAGCCCUUGCCUUUCAAGGAUAUAAUGAAAGAUGAAUGCUCAAUGCUGAAGCUGCAGCUGAAAGAGCGGGAUGAACUCAUUUGCCAACUUCAGGAAGAGCUGGAAAAAGUCCAGCAUUUACAGAAGGCUUUUGCUUCAAGAGUAGAUAAAUCCACACAGACUGAACUUCUAGGCUAUGAUGCCCUGUGGAAUCCUACAUGCACUGAAGGUUUAUUUAAACCAGUAAAUAUUUCAACCUAGGUUAAAUCAUUUGACCAUAAGCAAUGUAUCAUCAGUCUGUGACAUGUGAAAUAUUGAAUAAAAUCAAUUUUCCAUCAUUCCAUAUGUUAGCUAUUUCAUGUAAUAUGCUAGUUUCCACUCCAAAUAUUUCAUUUUCUGCAUUUGUACACAAUCGCAUAAAAUACUUAUUUAUUUUACAUAUUCCUACCUUAUUCUUACUGUAUUUUGACAACAAAAAUAGGCUUACUUAAAAAUUAUAUGCAACUAUUUUUAAAUGUAACAUUCCACUUGGCAGUGCACAUUUUCUGUUCAACCUUUUCAUCCAUCUCAUUUGUCUCUCUGGUUAUAGUUUUCAUUUAAUUUCAUCACAUAUUCUAUGCACAUUAGGAAAGUUUGUAAACAGUACUAGUUUCUCCCAUCCUAGUGAGAUAAUUCCUACUGAAGAACUAAAUUCUAUGUUUCUCUUGUAUUGAGAUCAAAAGAUGAAAGCAGGGUGUCUUCAAAUGAAAUACAUAAUGAGUCUUAUUCAAACUUAUUCAAAAUACAUAAUGAGUCUUAUUCAAACUACAGAAAGUCAGAAACCUAUUUAUAUCUCUGAACAUGUGAAAAAAGUUUAUUGGAUACUGACUGACCUCAUAUUAAGGGAAGUUUCUUGAAUGUAUCAUGAAAGAACACUUGUCUCCUGGACUUAGCAUUGCUGCCUGAUUUCUGUGUUUUGUUUUGUUUAUUGCCUUUCUAGAAGAGCUCACUUUAAUUAUUAAAUGGCCAGGUGGAACAAGGCACCCUUGAAUGUUGUAGUUUAUUGCAAGGGUAAGUGACACAGCCCAGAAGGGUUUCAGUGUUGUGAGCAGGGUGCCCGGCAACAGAAGAGCCACAGAGCUAAGGAGAGGAAAGCAGGUCUUACGGAGUUCUCUAUAU